AUUAAGGUGAGAGAAGAUCUAUAAUACUCCAUCUUUUCCAGCCAUAUCCGCACAAAGCAAGGAGAGGAAGAAGGAAGGGAAGAAAGAAGAGAAAGGAGUAGGUUAGGGAAGAAAACUUGAGAUUAACAAGAGUUGAAAAGGUCGCCGUAAUUGUCGCCGGAGUUCGUUGAAGUUCGCCGGAGUUUCGCCGGAGCUCAAUAAGGAAGGCUAGAACUUCAUAAGCUUCAUUUAAGGCCAAACCAAGGAGCAACCCAUCUUUUGUAUGGAGCAGUGUGACUCAAGCUCAGGAGAUGAUGGGCAGAAACUCUCAUAAAAAAGUUGGAUAUGGCCAAACAAUUUCUAUGCGGAAGGAGAGGUGGGUACUCGGGAUGAGUGAUGGCAUGACCCAUACACCUUCGCCAACUGGAAUUUACGAUAUGAAUGUGGCAGCUCUACUGACUAAGAAUGGAGACAGCUGGAACGUCGCAAAAAUAACUACGCUAUUCUCUGAGGAAGAACGGAAAAACAUAUUAGUUAUCCCUUUGAGCAAACGAAGAAUAGAUGAUGGAAUAUGCUGGAAUGCAGACCCAUGGGGUAUUUAUACUACUAAGAGUGAAUAUAGGGCGUCGAGAGGGGAAAUAUAACGUCAACGAUUAGGUGGGAUGGACUAAAAUGUGGGGCUUGAAUAUCCCUGCUAAAAUUAAAUGUUUCUUUUUACAAAUGAUGACAGGAAUCCUACCGACAUCGGUCAAUCUACAAAAAAGGAGAGUGGACAAUGGUGGCCAAUGCAAAGUGUGUGAGGAGGACCCAGAAGCAGAAUUGCAUCUCUUUAAGGAUUGUGAGGUGGCGCGAGCGGGUUGACAACAGCUGGUAAAUAGAUUUUAUUAGGGACGGGAAACUUUCAGCAUGUGGAUUAAGAGUUUCUUUGAAAACUUGAAGUAGGAAGCUCUCGACAACAUUGUUGUCUCUUUAUGGAGUCUCUGGAAAACACGCAAUGAGAGAGCAUGGAAGAACAGAGCAGCGGGCUGGCAACAAAAUGUGGAAGGAGGAUUCGUAAUGCUUAAAAGUUGGCAGGAGGCGCAGCGACGGAGGAACGUGAAAAAGUCCAUUUAGAUGGCGCAAAGAUGGAGGAGGCCGGUAGUUGUUUGUAUCAAGGUGAAUGUUGAUGCGGCUUUAGAUGAGAGGUGGGGUAGACAUUCACGAGAUUGGGUGGCCAGGGAUUCAAAUGGCGCCUUUGUAGCUGGUGGCAGUUGAAUAGUUCAAGGGAAGUGGAAUGCAGCGGUUUCGAAGGCCAGAGGGGUCUGAGAAACUAAAGACGGAUUCAUUACUUGAUAAACCCAGAUAUUUAGCAAUCAAACAAUCUAAG